CAAUGUCGGAUAUUUAUAUUGGCAUCGACAACUCUAAAGGCAAUCAAAACAAUGAAAAUGUGAGUACAGGACAGUAAAAAUGGCAGGUCGAGGACGUGGCAAAACUGGCUCCCUUACUCAAGAGCAAUUGCAGACUUUAGGUUGUAUAGGCAAGGAUAUUCCACAAGUGCAGACGGCGCCUCCGCCUACAUUUCCUCCACUUAUGUCUAAACCGGUUAAACUUGAGACUACAGCGGCACAAAAUUAUCAAAUACUUUGGAGGGAGGCAUAUCUUAAUCAUAUGCGCGAUUCUCCCUAUUUCCUUGCUCCUAAAAUUCCAAAUGCAAAUAGUACCUUACAAAGCUAUUCUGACCAAUGGGCGACCGCGGUUGAAAAUGCUAAAACGAAAACUAAAGCGGAUUUUAUUUGGCAAAUGAUGCCAACUGAAUUACAUGUUACACAGAAAAAACGUCGUGUUGCAGGAGGCGAUAAAGUUGUUUCCAAGAAGCCUAAAAAUAUUGAUGAUCGCCUAAAAGUCCUGGAGGAAAAAGAACGCAAUGAAGACGAAAAAGAUAUCACAAAAGCUUCAUCAGAUUCCGAACACGAAGAGGAGGAAGAAGCGCCCGCAGACGAAGAGAUGGAUGAUGAAAACGAUUAUGGUAACAGUUAUUUCGAUAAUGGUGAAUCAUAUAAUGAAGAAGAUGACAAUCUUGAUGAUGGUCCUGUUUAUUAAAGAAAAAGUACAUUUUUUACACAUCA